AUGGUUCCUUCCUCUACAUUCGUUGCGUGGGUCAUGUCGGCUGCCGGAGCGGUGCUCGCGGCGAGCGACAAGAGUUCUUUGGCCGGUACGUGGUCCUCGAAGUCGAACCAAGUGUUUACGGGUCCCGGAUUCUACGACCCUGUAGAUGAGCUGCUGAUAGAGCCAUCUCUGCCUGGAAUCUCCUACUCGUUUACAGAAGACGGUUAUUUUGAACAGGCAUCUUAUCAAGUUUCCGGGAAUCCCAGAAAUCCUGCAUGCCCCGUGGCAGCGCUGACGUUCCAGCACGGUGAAUACGAACUCCAGGACAACGGGACUCUGAUCCUGCGUCCGAUCGCGGUCGAUGGGAGACAACUGGUGAGCGACCCGUGCAACGACAAGGGUGUCUCCACAUAUUCCAGAUACAAUGAAACCGUGACGUUCAACUCCUUCAGUGUUCAAAUCGACGACUACCAUGGUAUCUACAGUCUGCAGCUCUACCAGUUCGAUGGAUCUCCGAUGCAACCGCUGUACCUUGCGUACAGACCGCCCAUGAUGCUGCCCACGGAGACCCUGAACCCAACUGCUACCUCUGACGCCGCAAAGAGCACUGGCUCCGCCAACGGUAAGCGAUCGCUGAGACAGUUCGUUAGAAGAAGUCUCGAGAACAAGUACAAGACAAAUGCGGUGAAGAAGACACCGACAGGCAUGCUGAACUCGGAUACGUUCUGGUAUCUCUCUGCCGGCAUGGUCGGCAUAGGUUCUUUGCUUUUCCUGUCGAGUUAG